AUGAAGGCUCUGGUUUUCCAUAUUACAUACCAUCCCUUAUAUACUGUUGCAGUUGCUGCAGCCAAGGAUGAUAAGAUUGUCGGAGGGUAUGAGUGUCCCAGGCACUCUGUUCCCUACCAGGUGUCUCUGAACGCUGGCUACCACUUCUGCGGAGGCUCCCUCAUCUCCAGCCUGUGGGUGGUGUCUGCCGCUCACUGCUAUAAGUCUACCAUGACCAGUCGUAUCCAGGUCCGUCUUGGUGAGCACAACAUCGCUGUGAAUGAAGGCACCGAGCAGUGGAUUGACUCUGCCAAGCUGAUCAAGCACCCGCAGUACAACAGCUACAACCUGGACAACGACAUCAUGCUGAUCAAGCUGAGCCGCCCCGCCGCCCUCAACAGCUACGUCCAGACUGUGUCCCUGCCCUCUCGCUGCCCCAUGGCCGACGAGAACUGCCUGGUGUCCGGAUGGGGCAACACGUCCGCCAACGGCAGUAAGUUGAGCCCGAAAGCUGAGAGGAAGAAAGAGAGGAGAGAGUUAUAA